GGGUCAGGGGACUUGUGCUUGUGUGCAUGUGUAUGUGUGAAAUAAUGGUUUGUGCAGAGUGUACCUUAACCUGAUAUCUCCAUGCAGCAAUGUUCACCAGAGCCGUAUUGCUUGGAAACGACAUUACUGUCGGCUACGGGUGCCGCCACCAAACGCGGCGCGGGCAGAGGGUGGUCUCUCUCGAGACCACCUGAGCACCUGCGCUGUGGGUGUAUGUGCUAUCCCGGCUUUGCCGGCGACGACUCCGCCGCGCGUGGUGCGUGCUCCAACCCGGGGCCGCAUUCAUGGGCGCGCAGUAAUCCAUGACUCACUCUUGAGGACUACGCGUAUGCAUAUGCACCGUCGGAAGUGACAGGCACGCACGUGUGCAAGAAUAAAGUUGGAAUUCAUUUUAAGGAAGGGGUUCCGAAGUGGCUUGGCAUGGCUUGCUGUAUCACCCUGCAGCCGGAAGCUCGGGGAGUGCGGGUUUGUGGGAAGGGACGCGCUUUCAUUCUGUUGGCGCUGCGCUGGCGUGUCCAUACAUGGUGCGUUUUCCGUAGCUGGCACCUGCAGUGCACCUUGAUGCAGCGACAAGACGGCAAGAGCUCGAGAAUGGACAUGAUCGCGUUGUUAAGGCACAGCGUGGCGGGUGUGUAAAUGUGUGUAAAUGUCUGACCAGGUGGAUUCGUGUACCCCGACGGGAUGCACAUGGCUGGCUCUUGUUCAGGCUAAGCGUGGAACGCCCCAAGGUGUGACAUGCCGCAAGGAACACGGGUGACGAACGGACGGACAUGGCCGGGAGGAAUGUGGCAUGUGCAUUACCGGUAUUGGGAUGCACUGACGAGCGCAUUUGGCCAUGGUGUCUCACAGCAUGGACGGGUGGUGGGGAAGGAUCUGGUUCAGUCGAGAGAGGGCGUGCAUCCGCGGGCAUUCGGGGGCUCAUUGGAGGGGCCAGCUUGGCAGUGGCUGGUCCGCGUGUCGUGAUGGUUCGCAUGCCGCCGUCUCCCCCCAUCGGCUGGGCGUGCGUGCUCUCGUGCACUGCACCCGGCGAGUGCUACUGGGAGUAAUGCACUCAUGACUGGCUGGGACGGCGGCGGCAAGGCGAGCGAUGGUGGUGCGGGCCGGCGCUGCUGGGGUGAUGCUGGCAUCUGUUGUUAGGCGACUGGCGCAGGUUGUGCCAGUUCGAGUGGGCGAUUCGGCGGCGGGUAGGAAGCUGGUGAUUGGCUACCGUUAUCGGAGAUAACCGUACCCCUAGGGGACUAGGGGUUACCGACCUUACCGUAGCAGUUUGGGGCACAGCGCGCGUUUGGCUGAAUGCUGAAUGCACGCGCGGCAUUUCGUUGAUGGCCAUGUAAAGGCCGCCGGGCCGUAUUCAGAGGCUAUCCGCACUACGGAGUCUGGUAGAGCCUUGUAAUAUUAUUGCUCG